AUGCCUGAGUCCAAAGUUAUUGUUACGGGUUUUGGGCCUUUUUCUGGUAUCGUAAGAAAUAGUAGCACAAUAGCUGCACUCAAUCUGAAAAAUAAAUGGUCCAAUAUUCUCUCAGACUCACAAGCUUCCACCGAACUAAUAGUUAUACCUAAUAUUGAGGUUUCUUAUGAGUCAGCUGACAGGGUCACUGCUAAUAUUUGGGACGAAAUUAAACCCGAUCUUGUUAUUCAUGUAGGUGUUAAUGCUGGCGCUGAACAGAUUCAAAUUGAAACUCAGUCGAAAUCAGGGCCAUACAUUAAAGGAGAUCAAGAUUGCCAUCAACAAGACGAAUUAUGCAUUAAUUGUAUCUGCUCUGAUCUUAAUUUGAAAGAAGCCUGUAAGGAAUUGCAAAAUCUCGGAUUCGAUUGCGCUCUUUCAAAUGACCCUGGUUUCUAUAUUUGCGGAUAUAUCUAUUAUCGUUCACUUGAAAGGAACCCUAGCCGAUCGGUUUUUAUUCAUGUGCCAUUAAUAUCCGAAUCAUUUUCAGCUGACUACCUCGGGAAUUUUUUACUUUCCUUAAUAUCUAUUUUAUGUAGACAAUGCAAUAUCCCAAAUUCUCCCGCUCUGAAUAGUUUUUUACUUGAAACAAAUUUCACGCAAAAAUGA